AUGUACAAUUGCAAACAGCUAGGUGGAUAUCCUACUCUCCUACAGUGUUGGAUUCACGAGUAUUUUCCAACUGUUGGAAAAAGAGGGGAGAAUUGGAAUCCUGCUGGAAACUGUGGUCUUCCCCGAGCGAUGAGAUGGUCGUAUAGACAGGGAGUCCUGAAGGUCGAUGAUUUACGACCUAUUUUGGACGAGCUGACACCUACCGACGUCAUCUGGCGACCAUUUGAGGAUCAUAGAGCAUGGCGUGUAUUUGAUGAGAUAUGUCUUUACAGGGGCUGUUUGAAGUGGGGUGAAACAGUUGUUCCAUACUUGCCUGAUAGAUGUUUACGUCAGUUCGGGUAUAGGCAGUAUGUUCCAUCCCCACCUCUGGAUUGUAUGAUGGCGACGGAUAUUGAUGUUGAUUGGAUCAGUUACCAUCAGAGUGUUGUCGAUGUGAUCGGUUCAUCUUCCAUGGCCACCACUCCAUCUGAGAGAGGUACCCGUUCCUGUAUAUGA